UUUGAUUCAGAACUUGAACUCAUCACUUAUAUAAAUGACAACUGGGAUCUGUUGCAUCCUGGUGAGCUGGCAGACACACCCAAAGCAGAACGAUAUGAACGGAUCCUGGAUGCAUUAAAUGAGAAUAAGACCAUGUUUAUGUCUGGGAAAGAAAUCAAGAAAAAGAAACAUUUGUUUGGUCUCAGAAUUCGAGUCCCUCCUGUUCCUCCAAAUGCUGCUGUGAAACUGGAGAAAGAAGAGAGCACAUCACAUGAAUUCAAGAUUAAAGGCAGAAAGUCCUCAAAGCUUCAUCCGGUUACAAAAGAAGAAAAUAAUGGAGAAGUGAAGAAGAGGAAACCAGUAGGUCGCCCACCAGGUUCACAUAGGAGAAAGAUCUUACAAAAUGACACUCUCGAUGCUGCAUCGAAAAUGGAAACCGAUUCAGUGUUGGAGAAGAAUUCCACAUUGGAGUCAUCCGAUAAUAAAAAAAAAGCUGAGGUCACCACUAUCUCUGUUAAUACCGAUGUGGAGUCCAAUGGUGCUGCAAGUUCUAAAGAAACUACCCUCAAUCAUCCUUUCCAGUCCUCAGUCAGACUUGAGAAGAGUGACGCGCACAGGGAGGUCGUGGUCUACUACCAUACCGCCACCCAGAAAAAGGGGUCGCCAUCCACGGAAAGCUCUCCAGGUUCACAAUUCUGAGAUAGGAAGAAACGAUGAAAGCAAGGAGGAUUCUCAGCUUGCUGCUGUCAACACAGAUCUAGUUAAAAAUGUCACAGAUCAUGACUUGCAGCUCCACCAUUUGAAGAAUUCCAUUACCAACUACUUUGGCGCUGCUGGGAGGAUAGCAUGUGGGGAAAAGUACCGCAUAUUGGCUCGUCGAGUCACACUUGAUGGAAAGGUUCAAUAUCUUGUGGAGUGGGAUGGAGCUACAGCCUCCUGA